UGCUGGCCGACCUUCAAAACCUGCAAUAAGCCCAACAUUUUGGCAUGAGGUCCAUGAUGGCUUGUGAGGGGAAGCUUUUAAACCAGGACUCGUGAUCAUAACGGCGCGAAAGGAGUCACACCUCACAGCUGGAGUUUGAACCACGCGUUGCGUUUCAGGGCUCUGUCUCGGUUUAUUUCGUCUCGCCCGGGUGUCACCCUGCCUCCUGUCAGAUAAAGUUACAGUGAACGCGUAAUCCCAGCUCCAUUCAUUUCAGCUCUGAGGGAAUUUUGAAAGACGAAUUCAAACACGCUUUCUAGUUUUGACAAGUCAUCAAAGUACCAAAGAUGCCGUCCAUGGCACAAUCAAAGGAGAUGUCAAAGUCCGCGUCCAGUCGUGGUCAAAAGUCUUUAUUAAACUGUUUUACCAUUUUUUGUUUCAUGCUGUCACUGUUUUCCGUGGCAUUUUCUGUGCUGAUAACCUUCAGGACGUCUUACCUGGAGCACAAAAUGGAACUUCUCGAAAUGGACCGAGUAUUUUUUCUGAAUUCUGUACCUUCAUCGCUGGAGCACAACGGGACACUUUGGGAUGCAAUCGAAAGGCUUGUGCAGAAGAGAUUCGAGGAGGGAACUCCUAGACUUCGCACACCGAGAGAUGUGCUGCAGGAGUGCUCUUGCCUACCAGGACCUCCAGGAAGGCGGGGCAGAAAAGGCAAUCCUGGAACUCCAGGCACUCCAGGACGGGAUGGCUACCCGGGUCCUCUGGGUAUGGAUGGUAAGCCUGGUCCUUCUGGUCAAAAAGGCAGCCAGGGAAUGCCAGGGCCAAAAGGAGAUAAGGGCGACCAGGGAGACGUGGGGCCCAGGGGCCUCCCAGCAUACGCUGCCUCUGCAGGCCUGCUCAGUAAUCAGAUUCUCACAGUCAAGGGUGACCAGGGUCAGGCAGGGCCUCCAGGCCCCCCAGGGCCCCCAGGAGCACCUGGCCCCGGAGGGCCUUCAGGAAACACGGGCAGGGAUGGGCCCCAGGGCCAAGCAGGAGAGCCGGGCCCUCCUGGGAAAGAUGGGAAUGAGGGUCCACGAGGGCCACCGGGUAUAAAGGGGGAGGUUGGAGAGCGCGGCAUGCCUGGUCCUCAGGGCCCUCCAGGGCUUAAGGGAGGUCAGGGUGUGCCAGGUCAUGAGGGGUCAAGAGGCUUGGAUGGACUCCCAGGCAUAAAGGGGGAGAAAGGUGAAACUGGUGUUCCAGGUUUCUGGGGCUUUCCUGGAGAGAAGGGGGAUUCUGGGCUUGCAGACCACCCUCACCUGUCUGCAAGUUUACAAGUGCUGCAGGGGCCUCCUGGUCCACAGGGGCCUCCUGGAGACCAAGGAGCAAAGGGAGAAAUGGGCUCUCCAGGAAUGCCUGGAGUUGAAGGCAAACAGGGUCCUAAGGGGAACCAGGGGGAGCCAGGCAAGCCUGGAGGGGCAGGAGAGAAGGGAGAGAUGGGUCUGCCUGGGGCAGUGGGUGCUGAUGGCCAUAAAGGAGAGAAGGGUGACUCCAGAAUUGAGGACAAUCUGGCUCAGAUUAUCCCACUGCCUGGUCCCCCAGGGCCUCCCGGACCACCCGGCCCUCAGGGUGUCAUGGGCAUUCAUGGAGUUCCUGGUCAAAAGGGGGAACCAGGAGAGGCAGUCAAAGGAGAGAAGGGGGACAUUGGGGAGAAAGGCCAGCCAGGCCCACGGGGUUAUCAAGGUUUUCCUGGCUCCAGUGGAUUGGUUGGUUUGCCAGGUACAAAAGGUGAAAAGGGCAAACAAGGAGAGCCUGGGUUAGAUGGUUUCCCAGGGCUACGAGGGGACAAGGGUGCCAGAGGCGAGCGAGGAGAAAAGGGUGAAAAAGGCUUGACAGGAAGAAAAGGCCCUAAAGGACAGAAAGGGGAGCAGGGGCCUCCAGGGCUGGACCAGCCGUGCCCCGUGGACCGAGAUGGACUGCCAGUGCCAGGAUGCUGGCACAAGUGAUGACCAACCUGAACCAUGGAAUCUGUACAUAUUGAUAUAUAUUUUCUAACCCUUGCUUUGUUUUUCCUGCAUCUUAGAUUUUGUUUUUUUGUUGUUGCUGUGUUUCUUAAUAUACUGGGUUUUGAUACAGAAAGUUACACUGUGAGCCCCUUGCAAAAACAUCUGUCCAUAUUACUCUUUAUUAUAUAGAAGGGCUCUGAAUAAUAAGGAUCCAAGACAAAGCAGUUAAACGAACUGAACUGAAAAUUAACCUUUGAGGGCACAUGGACUCAGUGCAUGUGGAAUGCACAGAGAAAACUGCCGCUGAGCUGAAGGAAAGCGCAUCCACCCAUAACCAGCAUAACACCAGUACACCUAUCAGACUGCAAAGCAGGUUAACGCUUUGAAGGGAAAAGCACCACAGAGAAGGCACAAUGUCUCAUCCCAGGAGAGAUGGACUUUUUGGAGUGAGAGAGUGCUGCAAUAGAGCGGUUCUGUGCUACAGAGAGCACCACUAUAGACUCUUUAAACUGAACUUCGCAUGGGAUUUUCAGAGUUCUCAGGAAGUAGUGCUUAUGUCAGAAGAAAACAAUGAUCUGCAUAGGAUUUUGAAUGAAGUAAAAAGUUAAAAGUAUGGUGAAUAAUGAAAAAAGUACUUGUCUGUUAUAAUAAUGGAGUUCAAUCAAAUUUAAACAUUUAAUUUAGUGAAGCUUUGUAAGAACUGCUUGAUGUAUUUUAAUACUCUUACUGAUUAUCUGUAAAUAAUAUGUAUAGUCAUUGUCAGUUUUGGAGCUUAUAGCGUUGUGUGUUUGGCUAGGGUUGUUCUACUGAUGUUUUGUCUGUUACAGUCAACAUGGUCCACAUGUACAUUUCUGCUUAUGUAGCUAAGUAGCUAGCUAGCUAGGUUGGAUAAGCAGAUUCAACAUGGACUGCAUUUGUGUUAUGCCAUGUACAUUUACCGUUAAAAGGAUUAGUGUUAACCGAAGUAUUUUGUAUAAUUUCUAUUAUUUUUUUUGAUGUGUAUAAUUAUAAAUUGUGUAUAAUUGUU